AUGGAUAUCAAGGUUCAUCUUUUUGUUCUUGUAUUGCUCUCUUCAUCAUUAAGAUGUGAAUCAUGGGGAUGGUUUUCAUCAUCUAAGGAGAGUCACUCUAAUGGCAAUGAAGGAAGCUUUAAAGGUUCAAGUGCUGAAUUCUCGAUCGAGGCUUUUAAUAAUCCGAAAGGAAUGAAGCUUAUAGAGAAUGCUAAGAAUAAAAUGGUUGGCUCAAAUAGUUGUUGGCAAAAUGCUUAUCAAAAUCUUUUUGCUGGAUGUUCCGAGAUUUUGGUCGCCAAUGAGAAACGGUCUAGAUUUGCUUGGCAUUUAAGUGAUUGUUUUCAAAAAGAUUCUGGAAGAGCUUCGUUUCCUCAUUGUGACUCAAAAACAUCAAUUUCUUCAUGUCUAAGAAACUUAGAUGAUCUUGCUCAUAAGGUUUACCUUGAAUUCUACCUUGAAACCAACUCCCUUUGCUAUCAAUUACAGAACCAUGCAUUUAAACAUGAAACCGAGAGACUUGUGACCGAACUAAAAAGUUCGGCUCAAUAUGUCGAGGACAAGUUAGAUAGUAUUGAAGAGAAAUCAGAUCAUCUAUUACAAGACUCAAAACAGAUUUCUGAUUCUCUUGAAAUUGUUAAUAGUCACACACAACUAGUAGCUCAAAAUGUUAAGAAUGUGGAAGGUUAUAUUGAUGUGGUAUUAAGGCAUUCCGAGAGUGUUUAUGAUCAAACUACGAAAAUUGCAACUUCACAAUCACAACUAAAAGAAAGCCAAGAUGACAUGAAGAGGACUUUAGAAGACGGCGUAGCAUUAGUCAAGGAAUCUUAUAGUCAUUUCGGCAACGAAAUAGAAAAGUUAAGAGAGGAAGCCAUUGUGAUCGAGAAUGAAGUAAUCAAAGUUGGAGAUGCUAUGUCAUCAAAGAUGAACACUUUGCAAAGUAAAGCUGAAGAUAUUGAGAAUAAGGCAGGAAUUUCCUUAGAUAAACAGCAACAACUUUUAGAUGGACAAUCCACGGCCCUCGAGGGCCUAAAUUCGUUGAACGAGGUUCAAUCCAAAGCGCUAGAGGAAAGCAGGAAAAGCCUACAAUAUUUUGCUGAAUUUGGACAUAAGCAACAAGAAGAGUUUAUACGGCGACAAGAAGAAAUGAAAGGAAAUCAUGAUCGACUAAUGGAGAAUUUGAAUAAAUUAAGUUCUUCUCAGGAAUCCUUUGAAGCAAAACAGGCUAACAUGUUUAUAGCUUUGGAUAAACUUCAUACUUUGCAAAAUACCAUUUUGUUUGAAUCAAGAUGGGUUAAAGCUUUUGUCAUUUACUUCGUGUUGAUUUCAAUCAUCUUUCUGUUGACUAGCACAAAACUAACCUACAAUGCUAGACCUCCACUUUACAUAGGGGCAUGUGCUUCUCUUUUCGUGGAAUUUAUCGUUAUUCGUUUAACGAAUGACAACAUGGAGCGACAAACAUGGAUAAUAAACAACGUCCGAUUAACUUUCUUGAUAGCUGUUUUAGUUAAAAUUGUAUAUGCAAUCUGCACAUACAAGGACUUAGAAAAGUUGAACUAUCAAAUGUUACUAACAUUGGUUAACAUUAACAACAAACAAAAACUAGAAGAAUCAUCGUCAUGGGAUAUUGAUGAUGCUGAUGACGACGAGGUGGAUUGGUCUCGAUGGAUAGAUACUGAUUUACCUGAUGACUUGGAUUGCCUUGAUGAUCCGAACUUUAUAAUUCCAGAAGACGUUGCAAAGAAUUCGAUCAUAACCUCAACAACUACAAAAAGUUAUAAUCUACGCUCGCGCAACCGUUUACAAUGAUUUUUUCUCAUCAUUACACUCACUAUACUAU